CAUAGUAUAGUAUGUCAUAAAAAAAGUUUAGUCAUAGCAUCGUGUCAUAGUAUACUAUAGUAUACACGACCAAAUACAUAACCUCCUGGCAGAGGUAAUAAUUACAGAUAACUUACUAUGUUUUGCUGUGGGCUGUAUAGAAAGUGAAGAACCUGUGACCCUUUCUUAUUAAUAUUGAUAUCUGCAGAUUACGUGGUUUGUUAGAAAGUGAGAAACAUACCAUUUAUUAAUAACUUUAUUAAUGGAUUUACUAUUAAUGACUCAACAGUCAGAUAGAUGUUUCACAACCUGGCAACCAAAUUCCAAUUAAAGCAUGAAUAAUUUAUUUUUUUAACAUUAAGAAAACAAUAAUUUACAUGCUAGAAGCCCUCUUUAAAAUGCGCCAUGUUAGAAAGUGGUACCCUCUACUCUUACUCAGCUUUCUCUUUCUUCUUCCUCUCUGUUGCUGUCAUGGAUGUAUCCGCAUUUUACCUCAAUUUGUUUCUGUACUUUUUCAUUUAGCUCAAAUGAUCCUUAUGGAGGAGCUGUGGUAUUGUUGAAUAAAGUAGAUGCAGUCAGCCACCUCCUGAAGUGAAAAGCUUCAACCUGGACAGUUUAUUGAGGAUAUUAAUAUGUUUUCUCCUACAGCUUCUGGACCUCUGUGACCCGUUUACUGGACACAGGAUGUAGCAUAAGAGCGUGUUAUUGAGGUUUCGUUGUCUAUAGGGACUGGUGAUGACCCUUUUUCCACAUCCAUUAAGCCUCAGACUAAAUGUUUUCACUUUGAAAUGCAAAUGCUGCAAUAAUGUUGUUUACGGAAUGUAUGUUUCAUACCUAGUGUACACAAUGUUGUUGCACAUUGAUUUAAUUCUGUGGUCCAGUUUUACACAGUCACUACUUUAAUAAUAUGGAGAGCCUACUUGGCAUUGAUGUUGGCUGGUGAUCUGAAGAAUCACCAUCAAAGUAUAGGUCAAUAAUACUUUAUUGCCAAAAAUCCACUUAAACUAGUUGUGUGUGAUUUUAAAGUUUUUUAAUCUCUCGAUAUUGCAAGCCAUAUAUUUCUGUGUAGGAUCACAGAUGGAUAAAUGCCCUCCUAAACUGAAGCCAAGACGGACGGUUCAAUCUGUAGCUGUGGUGUCCUCCUCUCUCUCGUCUCUUUUCCUCAGAUUCAACCCGUUGAAGGCGUUGCAGCCCAAACGCCGUUUGCAGCAAAUACUGGCGUCCACGCCCGUCCCGGUGCCCAAGCCGGCGUCAGGGACGGCGGUGCCAGCAGCCAGUGCGCCGGUGGCCAUUCCUGUGCCCGCGCCCCCUGCGUUUGACUACUGCAGGUUCAUAGAGCUAGACUACGUCCCUAUGGAGACAGGCUAUAUGGUCUCAAUGCGCCCAACUAAAGGCUACGCGUCGACCAAGUCGCCGACUAAAGGAUAUGCUUCCACCAAGUCUCCAGAUCGCCACAGCCGCUCAACAAACUCCCCCUCGACCCCUCGUUCUCGGCGGACACCGGCCGCACCCAGUAAUAGAGAUCCCCAUGGCAACACCUCCCUCAGCAGCAGCAGCAACUCGGGCUCUUGUAAAGGCAGCGACUGCAGCCCCACCAAAGGACGUCUUCAGAAGUACUCAUGUACGGACAACCAUGGUAUCCGGCCCCCUCCACCAGAGCAGUACCUCACACCCCUGCAGCAGAAAGAGGUGUGCAUUCGACACCUGCGGGCCAGGCUAAAGGAAACCAUCAAUACUCUACAAGACAGGGACACAGAGAUAGAUGAUCUGAGAGGCCAGCUUUACAGGAUGCAGGAAGACUGGGUUGAGGAGGAAUGUCACCGUGUGGAGGCUCAGCUGGCCCUGCAGGAGGCGCGUCAGGAGAUCCAGCAGCUCAAAGAGGCUGUGGACACUGUUCGCGCCAGGCUCAGUGAUGCUGGGGGGCUCAGUGGGGACAUAGGGGUCCAAAAGUACUUUCAGGACAUCAACACUCAAAACCACAAGCUUGAGAAUCUUUUGCUCAGCAUGGAGCUAGCCCAGGCUGGAUUAGCCAAGGAGGGGGAAGCCAUACCAGGCUGUCGGAUCCGCGUUGGAGGUUCGGCACCAGCGUCGGUAUCAGGGGAAAGUCCAGGGGGACUACCCAAACCGGCAGUAGGAGGGAGGGGGUCCUGCUCCUGCGACGGUUCCCCAGCCCGUUCUCUGACCCGGAGCUCCACCUACACUAAGCUGAGCGAUCAGGCGCUUGCGGACCAGAACGGCAAUGGCUCGGACUUUCCUUGUCUGUCAGGCGACGGCACCCAGGACAGCGGCUUCGUGUGCUGUGGGGGGAGUAGUGUACAGAGCCGGGCCGACCUGCUGCUGGAGGCCGCCUUACUCUCUGAGGAAACGGCAUCUUUACUCAACUCCUACGCAAAGACCUUUUCCCAAUCUCUUCCCCACUGUCUGCCGCACUCUCUGCCCCAUUCUCUGCCCAACUCUCUGCCCAACUCUCUGCCCAACUCUCUGCCCAACUCUCUGCCCCAUUCUCUACCCAACUCCCUGCCGCACUCUCUUCCGCACACUUUCUCCCAUACCUUACCUCAUUCUUUCCCUCACAAUUUGUCCCACUCUGUGUCCCACACUAUGCCACACUCCUCCACCUAUGAGAAGCUGUGCACGGGUGAGCGGUUGGCGCCCAUUCGUUGUGGCAUGGGUGGAGUGGGCUGUAUGAGCCACCCUUGCCUGUCCCACCACCUCUACCUGCACCCCCUGCGGGAGACAGGCAUUCAGACCGAAAGCUGCCCCAUCGCCGCAACAGCAGGUUACCCCUCUGACCUGGAUACCAUUGCGGAGCAACGAACUUUCCGCUCCCAGGCCUGCAGCCCCACCUCAACCUGGAUGUCUGAUGAGGAGGAGCUGGACUCAAUCACCACCACAAAUUCAGUAACCACAGCGACGAUCAUGAGUACGGCCACAGAGCCGAUCCCGGCCUCCAGAACGCCGCCGGUCCCUCCCUUACCACGGUCUGCUACUGUGGCGUGGUCCAUGGAAAGUCCUUUGCAUGGGGGGAAAGAGGGAGUGGAGGAAGAGGAAAUGCAGGAGAAAGAGAAGAGAGAGACGGAAGCUGUGGCAACGGGGCAGCAGGUGGAAACAACAGUGAUCAGACUGGCAGAAGAAGGGCAGCAGCUGCAAAUGGGCUCAGCGGGAGGUAAUGAGGUGGAAGUUCAGGGUGCGGUGGAGGAGGCAGCACCAGGAAAACUGUACGAUUUAGCGGACACAUCAGCAGGGAUGCAGGUUGAGCUUAAGUUGGGAGGAUGCUGUGGAGAAGGCAGACAGGGUGGGACAACACUGGAAAACCUCAGCAUGGAAGAAGAUUGUCUAUCAGAAGGAUCAACCCUACCUGGAGAGACAGCAGAGCUCAGUCCAAGCUGUCCAGGAAUAUCACCAGAUGUAGAACAGCCUCACACCUCCCAGCCGAGGAGAUCUACUUCCCAUGAGGAGAUAGCUGGCGUCACUGUAGUGGAGUUGCAUGAUGAGGAUGAUGAUGAAGAUGAAACUGAAGAACAAGGCGCCACAGGGGGCGCCACAGGACAGCAGGGAGAAUCACCGGGCUCUGGGACAAUUGAGAAAAGCUACUGGAGUCGUCACUUCCUGGUCGAUCUGCUGGCAGUGGCCAUUCCCGUGGUGCCAACAGUGGCAUGGCUCUGCCGCGGUCCGGCGCGUGGCGGACAGCCCAUGUAUCAUAUAGGGUCACUGCUGCGAGGCUGUUGCACUGUGGCGCUGCACUCGCUGCGCAGGGGAGGUGGGUUGAGGCAUUACCCCGCAGGCGGGGGAGACAUGGGCGGAUCCCAGAUAUGAGGACAAUCUGUUCAGCACCUCUGUGGUCCUUAACUGCGACCUCUCCUGUAUGGGUCUGGGUCCUUAGCUCGUUGGAAGAUACCUGAAAUAUGAGGAGAGGAAGAGAAAAAAAAACUUCCUGUCCUGGUUUCCUCAUCAAGGUUAAUACCUGAGCGGAGCAUCAGGAACAGGAAAUGUGCAUUUAUGACUAAGCUCUCUGACUGGUAAAGUCAGUUCUGUUUGGUCCUGCUCUUUAUUGUCUCUCACCCUCUGGUCCUUGCUGUUGUUACCAACAUGUCUGCUAACACUACUGACUUGUGCAAAAUUGAAUGAGCUGAUUGAAAUGAAUGAUCUAUGCUUGGAUGUUUAAUGCUGAUUGUUUUCUUUUUAAAAUGCAGGGAAAUGUUAAAGGUUCAUUGAUCUGUCAACCUACCAGGCUGUCUCAGUUCUGACAUGUUCUAAUGAUGUUGGUGAGUGUGUACAUGAAAAUAUGUAUAAGAGUCUGUCUAUGUAUAACCAAAUGGUCUAGUUGUCUGCGGUGAUGAGCUACGCUCUGUGACUAAGGGACAAUCCACCCUAAUUCAGACUUCACACGUGUCCUAUGAUUGCAGACAGUUUUCCUUGAGUCGUUGACGUCUUCAAGACUGAAAACAUGGAGUUUAUUUACUGUGAAGAAACAACAAUGUAGAGACAGAACUCAGGUUGAUUCUAAGGGUAGAACACACCGAAACGCACCAAGAACCGUAGACACUUCUCACGCUCAGCCAUCGGAGGGCAGAUCAGUCGAGCUGUCAAACCGACCAGUUUACUGUCGCUUUCGCUGUUGUCUUGUGGUUUCAGCCAUUGCACAAUUUACUGCAUGGCUACUGUCAAAAGAGCUGUUAUGAACUGUAGCUCGUAUGAAGCCGGAGCCGGCAGGCGAUUAGCUUAACUUAGCAUGAAGACUGGAAGCAGGUGGACGCAGCUUACACACAGCUUAUACCACCAGUGUAUACCAGCACCUGUACAUUUGACAAAUGAACAUGUUAUAUCUCGCCUGUUUAAUCUGUACACAAACAGAAUAUAAAAACAAGUCAGGUGCUGGAACUAUUUUUCGUUCGUAAACAUUUAGAUGCUAGAAAUGCAACUGAACUUUGCUGCAGAUCAGACAGGAUAAAAAGUGAAUUACUUCAAUCACAGUCGAUAGUCUGCUCUUGGAUAUGAAUGGUAAAUGGACUUGCAUUUAUACAGCGCUUUUCUAGUCUUCCGACCACUCAAAGCGCUUUACACUACAUGUCAGCAUUCACACACACAUUCAUACACUGAUGCCUGAGGCUGCCAUGCAAGGUGCCAACUUUGCCCAUCAGGAUCUGAUCUAAAUACUCAUUCACACAACGAUGGCUCAGCCGACAUGUGGACUGGAGGAGCCGGGGAUGGAACCUAUGACCUUCCGAUUUGUGAACGACCCGCUCUACCUCUGUGAUAUAGACCUGUACUGUGCAGGAAAUCAAUAACUGAUAGAAAAACAAAAAAACUCGGCUUGAUUUUGCCUCUAAAUUCCACUCUCCCAGGUGAUACGUUAACAUCUAUUUCAUCUUUCUUUAGAGUUGACUUUGCAAUAGACGCUGCUCUUUUAUUUCCCUCAACCCCAGCAUGCCCAGGAACCCAGGAUAGCCUCAAAAUCUCAUGAAUAAGGUCAGGUCUUUAGGAGGGAUUUGUCACCCUUCAUAGAAAAAGAAUGGGAGGUGGUGGAACUACCCAGCUCACUGUGUUCGGUGUGUUUCUACCCUGAGAGUGUACCAUUACAUCUCCAGAAAUCAAUGAAAGCUGAUUCAUGAUGCAAAAGCUCAAACUCAAGUUCAAUGAAUCCACAAACUUGGUCCCCAGUUAGUCCUGCAAAUCUACAGAUUUAUUCAACUGAGCAAAAAAAAUGGCUUCACAUAACACGAUGAAUCAAAUCUAAUAGGAAAGUCAUCUAAUGAUCAAGACACUUGUUUGUAGAUACUCACUGGCUCAGUUUGACACUUUGAUGUAGAUCUGGAUGAAGUGAGUUGUGCUCAGUCUGUGCUCUGUGCUGUAUAUUUCUGCUAACUUAAUGCUCAUGUGGUGUAGCGUAACUGUCACUCUGGUAGUGUGUAUUUCAAGUCCGCUGUACAAGAGUUUAGUCAGUCACUGCGAAUAAAUCAACUUUAUUUGUUUAA